CUUACACACGACUAGCUGGUUCGUUUUCGACUUCUUGUCUGUCUUCGUAGACAAUAUAAUGAGUGGCAUUUUAUUAUUUUUAUCAUAGUUCUUUAAUAAAUAGAGUGUUAUUUUUAUGUUGAAGAUUCUAUCUAUGUAAAUUUAUCCAAAAAACAACUAUAUCGCUUAAAGCUAUAUUUUUUUACCAUUGCAAUGGAUCUGGAAGACAAUGCCAUGGGUUUAACGCCCGAACAAACUGAUAAAAUAUUACAAUUUCAAGAUUUAACAGGUAUAGAAGAUAUGUCGAUAUGUCGAGAUGUUUUGCAAAGACACCAAUGGGAUUUAGAGGUCGCUAUUCAAGAACAACUAAAUAUUAGGGAAGGAAGGCCAUCAGUAUUUGCCACAGAAGCUAGGGCACCUCCGGUAGUCCAUGACCAUAUAGCGCAGCAGGUGUUCACAGAUGAACAGCCGGAAGGACCUGGUGGAGUCCGUGGUUUACUCCGCUAUGUUGUAAACUUAGUUGUGUCAAUGUGCUAUAACACAAUAACCUCUGUACUGAAUUUAUUAUUAAGUUUUGUCAGACAUGAUGAAAGAAGACUUGUAACAGAUCCAUUAGGUGAUGUUAUGGAAUUCAUAAAUAAUUAUACAUCUCGGUUUAAUGCACAUCCAGUGUUCUACCAGGGCACAUACGCACAGGCGCUGAAUGAUGCAAAGAAUGAAUUGAGAUUCCUCAUUGUGUAUUUACACUCGGAAUCUGCUAGUGAAACACAAAACUUUUGCAGGAGCACGUUAGGGGAUCCCGAGGUGAUCCAGUACAUCAACACGCACGCCCUGUUCUGGGGCUGCUCCGUGGAGAGGUCGGAGGGGUGGCGAGUGGCGCAGUCGGUGGGCGGGCGGCGCUACCCGCUGCUGUGCGUGGUGUGUCUCCGCGAGCACCGCAUGACGGUGGUGGCGCGCAGCGAGGGCGCCUGCUCCCCGCUGCAGCUGCUGCAGCGCCUGCGCCGCGUCGUCGCUGAUAAUGAACCGCAUUUAGCUGCAGCGAGGGCUGAUAGAGUGGAGCGCGAGGUGACGGCGCGGCUGCGCGCGGCGCAGGACGAGGCGUACGCGGAGUCGCUGGCGGCGGACCAGGAGAAGGAGCGGCGCAAGGCGGCGGCGCGCGAGGCGGUGGCGCAGCGCGAGCACGAGGACCUGCAGCGCCGCCAGCAGGAGGAGCGCCACAAGCAACAGUUGGUGGAGGCGCGCGCGGCGAUGGCGGAUUUAUACGAUUUCGUGUUCAGUCACCCGCAGGCGCCUGAGGAGUUUGAAAUAACGACCAACUUCCCGAAGCGCGUGGUGGCGCGCGGCCGCGCCAGUCUGCAGGAUGUCGGCCUCAACGAUAGAGAUGUCCUAUUCGUUAAUGACACAAACGCAUAA